AUGUGGUUAAUACAGAUCUCUAUGGGUCAGGGACAGGCUGAUGUGGCCUUAGCUACACUCAGAGAAUGUUCCCGAAAUGGAGACUGGCUUUGCCUGAAAAACCUUCACCUUGUCACUUCAUGGCUACCCCUUCUGGAAAAAGAGCUAAAUGUGCUACAUCCCAAAGCAGGCUUCCGUCUCUGGCUGACAGCAGAAGUUCACCCCAGAUUUCCUCCCAUACUGCUGCAGUCCAGCCUUAAGAUCACUUAUGAGCGAUCUGGCUUUCCAGUAAUUUUUGUACUUAUUCCCUCUCCUCUGUGCUUUAUCCAGGGCUGGACUAAGUUCUAUGAGUUUUCUUUGUCUGACCUUCGUGCUGGAUUUGAGAUCAUCGACAGGCUUUUUGAAGGUGGUAAACCUUUCCAGUGGGAGUUUGUUCACGGCCUGCUGGAGAGCGCAAUCUAUGGUGGCCGCGUCGACAACCCCUCGGACCUCCGCAUCUUGCGCUCCUACCUGGAGCAGUUCUUCUCUGUACAUCUCCUCUCGUCCUCCCUCUCAGUUGGUCAGAGAAAGAGCAGAGUGGGAGCACGCAACUUUCCAUCUCAGAUCAGCCUCCCAAACUCUUGCUCUAUAUUGGACUACCGCAGCGUAAUUGAGAAUCUCCCAGAGGAUGACAGACCUGCAUUCUUUGGUCUGCCUGCUAACAUAGAGAGAUCCUCUCAGAGAAUCAUCAGCUCCCAGGUUAUUUCCCAGCUGCGAGUCCUGAGCCGCUCGGUAGCAACAGGUUCAAAGUUCGACAGAGAGCUCUGGCUGAAUGGACUUUCACCGGUCCUCAACUUGUGGAAGAAACUCAACCAGGGUUCUACUCUGAUCCACCAGAAGGUGGCCCCGCCUACAGAAGGUCACAGGUCACCUGUACUGUCAUUCAUCGCUCUGGAACAGUUCAACGCCAUCCGCUUGGUGCAGAGCAUCCACCAAUCCCUGGCUGCCCUGAGCAAGGUCAUCAGAGGGACACAACUGCUAACUCCUGAAGUCCAAAAGCUGGCCACUGCCCUGCUCAAUCAAGAGUGUCCUUUAACAUGGCAGAAUAAAUGGGAGGGACCAGAAGAACCAAUGCAGUACCUCAGAGCUGUAGUAACACGGGCUCUUGCGAUACAGAGUUGGGUGGAGCGUUCAGGCAGACAGGCUCUUCUGUCAGACACCCUAGAUCUAGCUGAGCUCUUCCACCCUGACACCUUCCUCAAUGCUUUGAGACAGGAAACUGCCAGGUCCAUGGGUUGUUCUAUGGACAGUUUGGUGUUUGUCUCAUCGUGGAGGAGUCCCAUUAUGCAGGCCAAGCUACAAGUCAAGAUUGGAGGUCUCCAGUUGGAGGGUUGUAGCUUUGACGGUGUUUAUCUUUGUGAGAAUCAACAUGACUCUCCCAGUGUGUCAGCUGUCCCACCCUGCUACAUGGCCUGGGUUUCACAGAACUCUGCUGCUGACUCCGCUGCAUCAGAGGAGAGUAUCUGGCUGCCUCUGUACACAAGCUCAGAGAGGGUGAAGGUGGUUACGCACAUCUGUCUGCCCUGCGGAACAAACUCCAACCAGUGGAUACAGACUGGAGCAGCGCUCUUUCUCAAACAGCAGUGAAAGGAUGCCAUCUUGGUGAGGGCGAGCACCUAGAGAAAAUAACAACAGGGGCUUUUGUUGAGCACUGAAGCCUCAGGUGAAGAUAAUAUUCUCAUGAAAGGCAGAUGUCACUGGGGCAGCAAAUAACAGGACAUAUUAUUAACGUUCUGAAAUGUCCGGCUCUGAUUCCGACACCACAAUUUUCUUUGUAAGCAACUUAGCUUGGUGACCAAAAACUUAUAGACGUAGUUACUUUAUGUCACUAUCAUUUGCAUAAUACGGUAAAAGGGAAAGCACCACAGGACAAGAAAACAGUUUGCAAGUACUUGAUUUUGCAGCCACUUGCUUUUUGAUUUAACAACACUAAUACUUAAAAAGUCCUUUCUUUUCCCGUCAUGGACCACACAACAAAUGGAGCAACAAUAACAUCUCAGGCUGUAACAAGCUUUGAUACCUCUGAGUUCUCCUACUGUUAGUCCCAUAAAACACUACUCAACUCAUCUUAUACAUUUCAUAAAUUAGUGUAAAACUGCACAUUAGUAAUUCUUAGUUUCUUGUGUAAAUAGCUUGUGCAGAAAGCAACGGUAUCGAAAUUUCAUGUAUUUUGCUCAAAGUAUUUGCCUUGAAUGUUUGUUUCAUAGUUAUUCUGUUGCCUGAGUGUAUUUUUGGACCAUAUUUAUUCAAAAUAAAAAUUAAACAAAUGUCA